AUGUCGGCGACGAUCUCCGCCCCGCCCUCGCCCAGCGAUGACAAGCCCUCGUUCGACCUGAACCUCCAGCACGGCCACAAGGACCUCGUCCAGUCCAUCGCCUUCAACACCUACGGCGACCGCUGCGCGACCGGCUCCGUCGACGGCUCGAUCCGCGUCUUCAACCGCGCCCGCGACGGCACCUGGCGCCUCUGCGAUACCUGGACCGCCCACGGCGCCGACGUCCUCGAGCUCCAGUGGCUCCCCGCCACCGUCUACCCGAACCUGCUCGCCUCGCUCGGUAUUGAGGGCUGGUUCCGCCUCUGGGCUGAGGACCCGAGCGCCGCCCCCGGUAGGCGCUUCUCGAGUGGCGGCCAAAAGUCUACCGGUCGCCCGGCCUUUGACACGCGCUCCUCCGGCAGGGCACCCUACAGGAGCUUCAGCGUGCGACACGUCGACGACGGCGCCGCCCGGCACACCUACCUUGCCCUGCUGGCCGCCGACGGCCGGCUGAGCAUCUUCGAGAACGACCAGCCCGAGAACCUGACCGAGUACACGCCCGUCGAUGAGUUCUUCAUCUGUCCCCGCCCCGCGCGAGGCGAGGAGGUCUCCUUCACGGUGCGCUUCGACCCCGGUCCCGAGCCGUGCUACGCGGCUAUUCGGGCGGGUGUGCCCUCGGAUGCGCUAGGCCUGGUCGUCGCGGGCAUGAGCACCGUCAAGGUCUACCGCUCGCGCGAUGUCGUCACCACGUCCUACGGCGUCCAGGCCACCUCCAAGGAGUUCUACUUGGCGGCCGAGAUCACGGGGCACAGGGGGCUGGUGCGGGACGUGGCGUGGGCGCCAGGUAACAUUAGAGGGUACGACAUCAUCGCAACGGCGUGUCAGGAUGGCUACGCGCGCGUGUUCAAGCUUGAGACACCACUGGACGCGGCCGACGCGGACGGCAAGUCGUGGUCCGCGACGGCCCUCCUCAAGCCAGACUCCACGGCCCAACGCGACGCCGCCUCGUCCGCGCAGCGGGAGGCGUCGGACAAGGCACACGGGCAUCACCCUUCGACGCUGAGCGCCAGCCUCGCCAAGUCGGGCGCCAAUGCCGAGCGGCAGUGGACGGGGCAGCCGGGGCAGGUGAGGCACGAGUACACGGAGAUUUCGAGGCUGGAGAGCCACCGUACGCCAAUAUGGCGGGUGGGUUUUGAUGACGACGGGCAGAUCCUGGCGACGACGGGGGAUGACGGCAAGCUGCUGUGCUACCGGCAGAAGCCUGACGGGACGUGGGCCAAGAGCUCCGAGCUGGCCAUGAUGAAGACCCGCAUGGCGGUGCCUUGA